GCCCCGGGCGGUGACGUCACUGCGCGCGGACCCCGGAAGUGGAGCCGGAGGGGGGGCGGGCGGCGGCAGGAGCCGGAGCGGCCGCGCGUUCCCCGCCCCGCCCCGCCCCGCCCCACCCCACCCCACCCCACCCCACCGGCGACGGGCGCCAGAUUGUCGUCUGAAGAUUAAUGUACCUCUACCUCAGUAUUUUAAAUCUGUUGACAGUUUGGGUAAUGAUGGCUCAGCUCCAGCCAGGAGGCCCAGAUGAAAAAGAGAAGACUACUGCAUUAAAGGAUUUAUUGUCUAGAAUAGAUUUGGAUGAACUAAUGAAAAAAGAUGAGCCACCACUUGAAUUUCCUGAUACUCUGGAAGGAUUCGAGUACAUUUUUAAUGAAAAAGGGCAGUUAAGACACAUAAAAACUGGGGAGCCAUUUGUCUUUAAUUAUCGAGAAGAUUUACAUAGAUGGAACCAAAAGCGCUAUGAAGCACUUGGAGAGAUCAUCACUAAGUACGUUUAUGAGCUACUGCAAAAGGAAUGCCACUUGAAGAAAGUAACUCUCCCAGUUGAUGCAACAGAGAGCGAACCAAAGAGUUUUAUCUUUAUGAGUGAAGAUGCGUUGACAAAUCCCGACAAGCUGUUGGUCCUUAUUCAUGGUAACGGUGUGGUCAGAGCAGGUCAGUGGGCCAGGAAGCUUAUAAUUAAUGAAGACCUGGACAGCGGCACGCAGAUGCCAUACAUAAAGAGAGCUGCUGAGGAAGGCUAUGGAGUAAUAGUACUGAAUCCCAAUGAGAACUAUAUUGAAGUGGAGAAGACAAAAGCCCAAGUACAGCUGUCUUCUGAUAGCUCAGAUGAACCUGCAGAAAAGAGGGAAAGAAAAGAUAAAAUCCAGAAGGAAACAAAGAAGAGACGUGACUUCUACGAGAAGUACCGAAAUCCACAAAAAGAAAAAGAAACUAUGCAGAUGUAUAUUAGAGAUAAUGGAUCUCCCGAAGAACAUACAAUUUAUGUUUGGGACCAUUUCAUUUCCCAGUCAGCUGCAGAGAACGUGUUUUUUGUUGCUCACAGUUACGGUGGACUUGCCUUUGUAGAGUUGAUGAUUCAACGAGAGGCAGAAGUAAAGAAUAAGGUAACUGCUGUGGCGUUGACGGACUCUGUUCACAAUGUGUGGCAUCAAGAAGCCGGGAAAACUAUUCGAGAGUGGAUGCGGGAGAACUGCUGCAACUGGGUGUCCAGCUCUGAGCCCCUGGACACUUCGGUGGAGUCCAUGCUGCCAGACUGCCCCCGUGUCUCUGCAGGUACAGAGCGCCAUGAACUAACUUCCUGGAAGAGUUUUCCAUCUAUUUUCAAGUUCUUCAGUGAGGCAAUGGAGGCGAAGAACAGCUCAGUGAAACCAACCCCAACACGGCGCUCCAACAGGAUAAAAUACGAAGAAUUGUAAAAGGAGGGGAGGAAAAAAAGAAAACAAAACACAAACACCACCACCAACAACCACCUCUUCGCUGCUUUUCUGCGAGGAGCCUCUCAGCCCCUCAUUAGAUUGUUUUCUUCGUAGAGCACAGGGUCGUGAUGUAUACAUCUAAAUAGCGUUUUGCAUUAUUUCUAGAUGAGUGCAACUGUCAAAGCAAUAUGGGUUCACUGGUUGUGCUUCCUGUGGGCUGUAACAUGGAUUUCGUGCUGCCCAUCAGCGUGCAGAUUAAGGCUGACAGUGGUACUGCACAGUGCAGCAUGGUGCAUCUCUAAUUGCCCUGACAUAGCCCUGCACCAAGCUGAUGCCAGAAUUUAACAGCUUUGUCGCGGUCCUGUCGCCCGCGGGAUUUUUUUGCUGCUUCCUUCUAUUUCAGGACAGAAUUAAAUAGAAAUUACUCUUUUUUAAAAAGACAGCUCUAACUCAGAAGUGCUAACCAGCCUGUGAUUUUACACCCAAUAGCCUUCUCUUUCUCUGGGACCAAGUGGGAUCAACUCUUGACUCUUUCAUUUUCUGCUGGUCAGAGGGUCCAAGAAGUUUGGUCCAGAUUUGUAGGAAAGCCCCUUUGUUGUAGAGAUUUUGUCUUCCUACCAGAUCAGUGGCAGUAUCUGUAGAUCUUCUUUUCAUUUUGAAAGCUCCACUUAAAAAAAACCUGCCUGUUCAUUGACUGGCUGGAUUACACUGUGAAAUAGGACAGCAAAAAAAAAAAGGCAAAAAAAAAAGAAAGACACAUACAUCACACAUCUUCCUGUUCACUUUUAAACGCAAAGAUGCUUCCAUUUCCACAUGGAGGGUUGGUAGUGACUUGCCACACAAGGUUAUUCUCUAUUUCCUAAGCACAGGGGUUUGCCCCCACUUUCCCAGAUGCUGGAGGAGGGACACUGCUCUGCAUGGAGACUCUAUGCCAUGCGUGGGGCAGGGUGGGAAGCGCAGCCGAAGCCACCACCAUCACUGUUGGCAGCUUUUCUCCGCUGAAACUAAGCAACAAGACGUGCCUGAUAGCGUGCCCAGCGAGCAAGCACGCUAAUUAAGGUCUUUGAGUGUUGAUGAUGCUGAAUUAAAGUGAUCUUUUCACCAGUGGCCGUGCCCACCUCAGCUCUGACGCUGUUAGUGCUGAGGAGGCAACACUUAAACACAUGGCUUUGGGACCUCCAUGCCACCUCAUCCCAUCCCCCUCAUGGAAUGAUUCCUAUCCUACAGCUGGGAUACGUGGGGAGGUGGAGGAGUGUUAAGACGGGGUGAUGCCAAAGUGAGUGUGGUGCCUCUAUCACGGUGCAAAGUCAGCAGUGUCUCUGUCGGGGGGUACAAAGAGGAACCUGGACGGAUUUGGGAUGAAAUCCUUGGGCUGGGGGGACUUUCUGCACUCUGUCUGCUCAUAGCAGGGUUCCCCCCCUCCAGCACCAUUUAACCUCUCCGCCUUCCAAGCAUCCCUCCUGGGAGGCGCUCAGGAUCUGCCUACGCGGAGGGGGAUCAGCGCAAAUUCCGUGCUCAGCAGUUUUUGUUCCCGGAGGGGAACCUGGUGCUGGGGGGUGUGUCCUGCAACAGGGGGCCGAGAUGGGGGUCUCCGGGGUGCCAAACGUCGCAGGAACGGAUCUUUUUUUUCAAGUGCCGAUGAGAAACGAAAUGUACAAAAAAACAUUUGUACUGUUAACGACGGACUGUUUUUUACGGCCUAUUCUGUACCGUGCCCCUGGCCUGGCCGGCGUUGCCGCUUCUGUAAAGCCGGAGGGGGUGCGGGGGAGGGGUCUUCUUGCCGCUGGUACUGCUGCGCUUUCACGGAACGCAAAAAAUAAAGAUGCUCUUUUCUGUC